AUGUCCUCCUUAAGUGGCAACGUACAGACUGUACUGGGCCUUGUGGAUCCAAGCAAACUGGGCCGCACCCUCACCCAUGAACACUUGACAAUGACCUUUGACAGCUUUUACUGCCCUCCUCUACCAUGCCAUGAAGCUAUAUCUAAGGAAGCUAUUCUGAUGAAAAAUCUAUUUUGGAUUCAGCAAAACCCUUAUUCCCUCAAAGAGAAUCUUCAGUUGAACCAGGAGUUGGAAGCCAUAAAGGAAGAACUGUUGUAUUUUAAGGCCAAAGGUGGAGGGACUGUAGUGGAGAACACAACUACUGGAAUCAGCCGGGAUGUGCAGACGUUGAAGUGGUUAUCUCAAGAGACUGGUGUCCACAUCAUCACUGGAGCUGGGUUUUAUGUGGAUGCAACACACUCUUCAGAGACCAGAGCAAUGUCAGUAGAGCAGCUCACCGAUGUCCUUAUUAAUGAAAUCCUCCAUGGAGCUGAUGGAACCAAUGUUAAAUGUGGUGUUAUUGGAGAAAUUGGUUGUUCCUGGCCUUUGACUGAAAGUGAAAGAAAAGUUCUUCAAGCAACCGCUCAAGCCCAGGCCCAGCUUGGCUGUCCUGUUAUUAUUCAUCCUGGAAGGAAUCCAAGUUCACCAUUUGAGAUCAUCCGAAUAUUGCAAGAAGCAGGUGCCAACAUUUCCAAAACAGUUAUGUCACACCUUGAUAGGACACUGCUUGAUAAGAAGAAACUUCUAGAGUUUGCUCAACUCGGCUGUUACUUGGAAUAUGAUCUCUUUGGUACUGGAUUUCUUACUUAUCAACUCGACCCAGAUACUGAUAUGCCUGAUGAUAAUAAAAGAAUUAGAAGGGUGCGUCUCCUGGUGGAUGAGGGCUAUGAAGAUCGAAUUCUGAUGGCACAUGACAUACACACGAAGCAUCGGCUGAUGAAAUAUGGCGGUCACGGCUAUUCUCAUAUACUCACCAACAUUGUUCCAAAAAUGUUAGUCAGAGGUAUAUCUGAGAAUGCACUUGAUAAGAUACUAAUAGAGAACCCUAAGCAGUGGCUAACAUUCAAAUAA